GGAUCAAUUUCUCCAGACUCACCUGCCUCACUCACUACAACUUCCCCCAUUUUUGUAAAUGACUCAUCAACAGUUACUUGGUCUGAAAGCAUACCCACAAGGAAUGCAAGUAUCUCUCUCGAAAUUAUGAUGGUCUAUCUUACGAAGUAUAACGAUGUGAACUCUACAGAAUCAAAAAAACUAAUUUCCAUCUUAAAACGUGAGCUUUCAAUCCUUUGUAAAAGAGCAGAUGCACAAAAUUUCAAGGAUGUGCAAAUACAUAGGCUAAAGAACGGAAGUGUCAUUGCUGAAAGUAUUGCAGUGUAUAACUAUCCCAACAACAACUCACAAAUAAUGUUUCUAAAUAACGAUUUGGGACCCACCCUGGAAAAAAUCUUUAAUGACUCAGAUUCAUUUAAAAAUCUCAGCAUAGCUCUCGGUAAUGCUUCCAUCCAAAAUGCCGAAAUUACCAUGGGGACAGUUGAAAUAUCAGAUAUUUCAGAUCUACAUCCAUUUGUGCAAUGCACCGUGAAUUUUGCAAACUUUACAGUAGAGAUUGAAGAUGGAGCAUGGGUAUGUGUGGGAUCAUGCAAAAAAGAUCCCAACUUCUGCAAUCAACAAGGUGAAUGCCAAAAUGAAAUAAAUGGACCACAGUGCAACUGUUACAGUUCUUACUUUGAGAAGUACUAUGGAGCUCAGUGUGAGCUUUACAGCAGAGGAGCCGGUUUCUACGCUGUUCUCUUCGGCUGUUUAGUAGCUUUUGCUCUACUUAUCAUCGUUUCAGCUGUGAUGCUUGUGGUGCUCUACAGAGCCAAGAGCAGAACAUCAAGCAAAAAAAGGCUAUCAUUAUUUGACGAUGACUUCUUUGAUUUUACAUCAAGAGGAUCCAUAGACAGAGGUUAUGGGCAUCAAAACUUUUCAGUCAGAGAAGAUUCGGAAUCUGGGUCUUUCAGAUAAAGACCACAGCAACUGAAGUGGUGGGUGACUGAUGAACAGAGAUGACAGAUAUUAUUUUAAAUAUUUUUUAAAAGACGUCAAACACUAUAAUCUCAGGAAGCCAACAUAAUAC